AGCUUAAAGCUAGGUUUUUCUCCCUUCCCCGAGGUUAUUUUUAUCGAUAUCAACACUCAGUGCAGCCGCUGUAACUUACUAAUCGAUAACUCCAGCCUCGCUAUAGAACAUUCCAAUUUAAUGUAUGUAAUUUAUAUCAAAAUGGUUUUACGUGCGUCAUAACAGAGGAUUCUUGGGAUAGAUUCGAGGAAAUUUCUUCAGAUCCGCCAUGUUUUAGAAAGUGUUGUUUUGAAUUCAGCAAGAGGCUGAGUUGAUACGAGAUGGAAAGAGGGACAAGUAAGUUUUGGGGACAGACAGGGGUUAGUCAGACAGUUUAUCAAUGCUAUUAAAAACGCAAAUGGCCGGCUACGAGUUCUACGAUGCGGUUCUUAACAACGAGUUGACUGCAUUGAAACGAAUAGUCGCCCAAUAUAAGAAUGACCUUAAUGCAAAGUUUGUGGAAGUACGGAAGAAGAAUCACGCAGAUCUGUGUCCGAUACACUUGGCGGCGUAUCGAGGCUAUACAUACAUGUUACAAUACCUCAUAGAGUCAAAAUGUGACGUGAAUAAAACAACGUCGACACUCCGACGAACGGCACUCCAUUUUGCCGUAUUGCGACACAAGAUGGCGUGUAUGUUACUAUUAAUCGCUGCAGGGGCUAAACUCGACGUCAAAGACACGUUUGGUAAUUCACCCUGUCAUUACGCCGCCGACGACGGAUAUUGCCAGUUUCUAGAUGUGUUGAUCAGGCGUGGCGUAAACGUGGACAUCCAAGAUAUCACGUCUAAAACACCACUUAUGAAGGCUGUCAGAAACAACAAAACAGACGCCGUACUGCGAUUAUUAAGGGGUAAUAGUAAUAUUAACAUUACCGACCGUAAUAGCGACAUGGCGUUACAUUACGCCGCAAGAAACGGGUGUGCUGACAUCAUAGAUAUUUUGAUUGCGUCACACAGUCAAGUGGACGUUCAAAAUUAUUGGGGGCGGACCCCUCUCAUGGAAGCUGUGUGUUACAACCAUAGAGAAGCAGUUGCGCGGUUGAUUCGUGCGAACUGUGAUCUCAACAGACGAGAAUUCAAAACCGGCGACACUGCACUGCAUAUCGCCAUUAAACGGAACUAUACCGCGGUGGUAGAGCUCCUCCUCGCGGCCGGCACGCGACAUGACAUUUACAACCACCAGGGGGAAACUGCGGCAUACGAAGCCGUGAUUAGCAACAAACUUGAUGUGAUUAAACUUAUGGUAAUCCAUAAUUGUGAUUUAGAACAACCAAUUAAGUACUUUUGCACAGGUGUUUACAAAUCUUUGUUUCAAUUAGCCGCUGAAAAGGGGCAUUUUGAUAUUUGUCGUCUGCUGGCAAAGUAUGGUUACGUUGAUUUCUCAGCGCGUGUUCAUUUCUACGCUGGUUACGUACCGACACGUGUUGGAAGUGAGACGGAGGAAGUUCUGCACUGGUUGCGCCGGAAAAUGCAGACGGCAACGUCACUUCAACGGCUGUGCCGUAAAGUGAUACGACGACGUCUUGGGCACAAUAUCGUGGAAAAGAUAGAAAAGGUCAACAUGCCAAGGGCAUUAAAGGAAUACGUGCUUAUUUCUGACUUUAAAGAAACACAUGACCAAUUUCUACCAGAACUGUAAACACAAAAUACAUUAUCAGAUAUGCUCUAUAAAACAAGAAUAGUUUAGUCACAAAACUUAUGAUGUCACUUCAGCACUUGCUUUUUUAUAUGAUUUCAGAUUAAAUAUCAGAAUUUCUUAUAAUACUGAAGUUUUGGUGUCAUUUACUUUUUAAAUGAGUUUGAAAUUUCUUUUUGACUUUUGUGUCUUGUCUAUAAAUGGUUUAAAAAAUCUACAUGUAUAAAAUGGUUUCAUGGAUUAGUUUUGUUGUUCAAACUAUUUAUUUAACUUGGUCAAAUGAUUUAAUUUUUUGCAUAAUUUAACAAUUUCUUUGGCUGAGUUUCAGUGUUUAUUGAACAGCUUCAUUUUUCAAAUAAUUAGUCAGACUAAUUUUUCAAACAAGUAUCUAUUUGACCAAGUUUCAAACUCUAAAAAACUUUUUGAAAUUUUCAUACUUAAAAGAUUCCUUUUGACCAAGUUUCACACUUCAAGUAUCUUUUAACCAAGUUUCAUACUUAACAUAUUUAUCUGA